AUGAAGAAGAAAAAGCCCAAGAUUCCCCCGCCGAAACCUCCAUCAAUAUCCCCAUCGAAAUCUCCUCCAUCGAAGACCCCUCCUAAGUCGCCUCUGAUCUCUGCCGCUCAGGCAGAUCCGAUCGAUUCCGACCUCACCAGCUCCAGGGAAGCCCCAAAGAUUGUUUCUGAUUCCCAAUUCAGCUCUCGAGCCGAUGCGGUUGCUCAACAAGCUGUGGGUGCUCCAGAUCUGGCCCUUGCCCCUUCAAUACCGCCACUUAGUAAGACAGUGAUCGACGACAGGUCGUCGGAUCCAUCUUCUACCAACAUCAACAACCAGUCUAUGAAUUUAGAGUCGAUCUCUGUGGCCUCCCCACCGAGAACCUCGGUUACAGACAAGGUUGCUUUAGUUACUGUGGAUGCCAGGAUGAUUUCUUUGAGCUCGCAGUUAGCUACAAAUAAAGCUCAAGCCCCAGAUGAAAUGGAAUGCUUUGACGCAGCGGAUGCUCAGCAUGUUCCGAUAGACAAAAAUCAGAUUAACCAGCUGUUGGAAUCUGAUAAACUGGCUAAGACCUCGCUCUCACCGGUUGAAGCGAAGCUCACCAGCGAAGUUAACCAACCACCAAAGGACCCGUCUGACACUUGGUGUGCUCACGCAAAGGGUCUAGGAAAGCGUCUGUCGAAGAAAGACGAAGCCUUUACCCUUCCCUCAGGAGAAGCUUGCAUCAAAAUACCAAACUCAGUAAUAGAGAAGCACAGAAAGUCGUGGGAACAUUUUGUCUUGGGCCAGUUCUACUCGGACCCUCCUUCCCAAGGGACUCUGCACAACAUAGUAAAUGGCAUAUGGAGCAAGCAAUAUCGUGAUAUAGUAGUCUCGAAAAUGGAAGGCUUUGCGUUCCUCUUUCGGAUUCCAAAUGCAUCAACUAGGCAUCGUGUCGUUAACCAGCGGUUGUGGCAGAUUGAGGGACAAACAAUGUUUGUUGAUAAAUGGGAACCAGGAGUAGUGCCAGUCAAACCCGAGCUUACUUCUGCUCCCAUUUGGUUGGAACUCAGAAAGGUGCCGUUUCAAUUCUUCAAUGAAGACGGUUUGGAACGUAUUGCGGGUCUGGUGGGUCACCCGAAGUACCUACAUCCGAUGACAAAAAACAAAACGAAUCUAGAGGUGGCGAAAGUGUUCACUAUCAUAGACCCAAGACAACCCCUACCGGAGGCUGUAAACGUUCAAUUUGACUCGGGUGAAAUAUGCAGGGUGCUGGUGUCUAGCCCGUGGAUGCCACCGGUAUGUGAGUUAUGCAAAGAAAUAGGUCACUCUACUAAGCGUUGUCCGACGGUCGCUAGAGUCUGUGAUCACUGCAGCUCCAAAUCUCAUGCGUCGGCCAAUUGUCCUCAGAAGCAAAAGCAGGAAUCUUCUGGAAGAAAGACAAGAAGAGGCAGAUCCAAAGACAAGCAGGAAUGGAAAGCUGUAGAGACAACCACCGAGGUCAUCAGUAAUGCUGCUGCUCAAACCGCUCCUGUGCACAAUGCGUUGAUCAAAACGCAGUUGGUCCAAACGGUUAUGCCUCAAGGUUCGAAAUUAGGGACUGAAAAGGACAAGGUGCAAGGUGAAUCAAGUAACACACCGAGCUACCUUAGAUCUCCUCGCACUCGUAGCAGAUCAGCCACUACGAGAUCCUCUCAGUCUGAUGCGCAACCGGAUUCCUCGGAUGUUGAGUCGUCUGAUUCGGAGCUGGAAGAAGGGGAGUUCAGUCAUGAUGAUUCGGGUUACCAGUUAGUGCGUAAUAAGAAGAAAUUCUCAGGUCUGAAAGGUAAAAUUUGGGUCGUGUGGCACCCAUCUCUUUUGGUCACUGUGAUCUCUAAAUCGCUCCAGAUGAUCUGCGUUGAAGUUAUCUGGCCCUCUGACCCACAGUCCACGCUGUUCAUCUCGGUAAUCUACGCAUCAAACGAUCCGUCAGAUAGGACCAUACUUUGGUCCGAACUCGUAACCCUGGCUACAGCUCAUGAUCUCAACUCUAAACCAUGGCUGGUAGUAGGUGAUUUUAACCAAAUUCGAGACCCAUCCGAGCACUCCUUACCCCCUUCGUUAAACAUGGACAAGAGGAUUAGAGAAUUUAACCAAUGCCUUUCUGAUGCGAGUUUGGAGGAUCUGAAUUAUAGAGGAACUACGUUCACAUGGUGGAACAAACGUAAGCUCUCUCCCUUGGCCAAGAAACUGGAUAGGUGUCUUGUAAAUGAGGAAUGGUACAACACGUUCCCUUCUUCGGUGGCUUUCUUUGGCAGUCCUGAAUUCUCUGAUCACGCUCCCCUCAUUGUCACGCUCGAGCCUACCAAGAUAAGAUCUAAGAAACCCUUUAAAUUCUACAAUUUCAUAUUGCAGAACGACUUCAUUGCCACUGUUUGUGUUAGCUGGUUCUCUUUUAAUGUUGCAGGCUCUGCGAUGUUCAUAGUUUCUAAGAAGCUCAAGUUGCUAAAGAAUGUGAUCAGGGAGUUCAGCAAGCAGAACUACUCUGGCAUUGAGAAGAAAACUGCACAGGCCCUUGAGAAACUGAUUCAGACACAAAUUGUGAUGCUGUCUUCCCCAACAACCAUAAAUGCUGUCGCUGAACUUGCAGCGAUGCACGACUGGGAAGAAUUGUCCACAGCUGAGGCAGCGUUUUUCUUUCAAAGUUCCAGCAUUAAUUGGCUUGCCUUAGGGGAUGGUAACUCCACACUUUUCCACAAAUAUGCAGCAUCAAGACAAGCUUGGAAUCACAUUCACUUCCUAUUCUCUGAGUCUGGUGAUCGCAUAGACUCGCAAGCAGGAAUCCAACAGUUGUGUAUUGAUUACUUCUCGGAGCUAUUCGGUAGUCCGGUUUCUCAGCAUAUGUUUGUUCAGAGUGAUUUGGACCUCCUCUUCGAUUUUAAAUGCUCUGAGGCUCAGGCUGCGGGAUUUGAUAAGAACUUCUCGCCGGAGGAAAUAAAGGAAGCUUUCUUCUCCUUGCCCAAAAACAAAUCAGGGGGUCCUGAUGGCUACUCAGCUGAGUUUUACACGGCAACCUGGUCGGUUAUUGGUUUCGAAGUAACUGCUGCCAUCAUGGAAUUCUUCAGGACGGGGAAGCUGCUCAAACAAUGGAACUCAGCGAACCUGGUUUUAAUACCUAAAAAGACGAAUGCUUCCCUGCCAUCUGACUUUAGACCCAUUUCGUGCCUCAACACUGUGUACAAAGUCAUCUCAAGGUUGCUGGCCUCGCGGCUUAAAGAGAUACUACCUCUCAUGAUUUCUAAAGCACAAUCGGCUUUCCUGCCUGGCCGGCUCCUAGCAGAAAAUGUACUUCUGGCAACUGAUAUCGUUAAUGGCUACAACUCACAGUCUCUUUCUCCAAGGGGCAUGCUGAAGGUAGAUCUAAGGAAAGCUUUUGAUUGUGUUCGAUGGGAUUUCAUUCUCUCAUCCCUUCGUGCGCUGGCGAUUCCGGACAGAUACAUUGGACUUAUUAAGGAAUGUCUUUCGACAGCUACCUUCUCUGUAUCAGUAAAUGGAGUUUCACGAGGGGUUUUUAAGAGUACCAAGGGGAUUCGUCAGGGGGAUCCUUUAUCCCCUUAUUUGUUUGUGCUGGCUAUGGAGUGUCUCUCACGUCUGCUACUAUCUCGCUAUGAAUCUGGCUGUAUCGGCUAUCACCCUAGAACGGAGGAGAUAAAACUCUCCCAUCUCAUGUUCGCCGAUGAUGUUAUGGUGUUUUUCGACGGGACUAGCAACAGCCUCCAUGGGAUCUCUGAAUGCCUUGACAACUUUGCCUCCUGGUCGGGCCACCAUAUGAACACCACUAAAACAGAGUUAUUCACCUCGGGACUGGAACAAAGUGAAACCGCUGCUAUAACUAGCUAUGGUUUUCCUUCUGGUCACCUCCCCAUUAGGUAUCUCGGGUUUCCAUUGAUGAGCAGAAAGUUGAAGGUCUCUGAGUAUGCUCCUUUAAUGAAUAAGAUCAAUUCGUGCCUCCACUCAUGGUCAGCAAAGAUGCUAUCUUUCGCAGGUAGACUGCAGCUAUUGAAGACGAUUAUCUUUGGCACAGUCAAUUUUUGGACUUCAGCAUUCAUUCUACCAAAGACCUGUAUAAUGAACAUAGAAUCUCUCUGCUCUCGCUUCUUGUGGUCUGGUAGCAACGAGCGGAGAGGCAUAGCUAAGGUAGCUUGGACUACGGUCUGCCUGCCAAAAAAUGAAGGGGGUCUCGGGCUACGUAGCUUCUCGUCCUGGAACAGGGUGUUGUGCUUGAAAUUCAUUUGGUUACUUCUGUCAAAGGCUCCUUCGCUCUGGGUGGACUGGCACUGGAACAUACACCUGAACGGGCAAUCUUUUUGGUCAAUCAACGCAUCAACAACUGACUCGUGGGCCUGGAGGAAACUGCUAGAUUUGCGGCCGUUGGCGAUCCAGUUCUGUCGAACAAAGCUAGGAAAUGGAAAUUCUACCAAUUUCUGGUUCGACCCAUGGACGCCUCUUGGACAGUUAAUUACAUACACCGGACAGUCAGGUCCAAGAGCACUAAGAGUCAGAAUGAACGCGGCGGUAGUUGAUGCAACUGCUGGAUCGGUUUGGACUCUUCCUCAUCCUAGAUCGCAGAGGGAAGUGAAUUUACAUGCCUAUCUCUCUACUAUAAAUCUCCCCUUAUCUGCUGAUGUUGAUGACAUAUAUGAAUGGAUUGCUGGUGACUCCCCUUUACGUGUUUUCAGGUCCUCCACAACAUGGGAAGUGCUAAGGCCGAGACAAGCGAUAAAACCAUGGGUGGACGUGGUCUGGUUCAAAGGCGCCAUACCGAAGCUGAGCUUCACCAUGUGGACUGAAAAUUAUGAUAGACUACCGACGAGGGCAAGACUGGCAGCGUGGGGAAUGGCGAUCUCGCCUCUAUGCCCUUUUUGCUCCAAUUAUGAAGAAUCAAGAGAUCAUCUGUUUCUAGGCUGCGAGUACAGCAAGGAAGUGUGGGGAGGGGUGUUCGCAAGAUGCCAUCCACCGUCACAUACGUUUACCAACUGGGCAGAGCUGUUAUCUUGGAUUAGAGGUGCGCCACCAAAGCUCAUUCUCCUUAGGAAACUGGCGACUCAAUCCACUGUCUAUCACUUAUGGAAACAGAGAAAUAAUCUGAUCCAUAACCAGACAUCUGUCCCUGCUGCAACUGUCUUCCAUGCUAUUGACAAAGAGAUUCGCAACAUCAUCUCAGCAAGGAGACACAUAAAGCACUUCGACACACUCAUGAUUUUAUGGUUGAGAUAA